AUGGCCCCUUCAGUUAAAACAUAUCCACGUUACCUCUACCGCGGUCGACUGUAUGCGUUGUCGAAAUUUGAAAUUACGUGUGUGUCCUGCGGACGCAAGUAUCAUAGCAAGUCUCAUGCAUAUAAUCACGUCAUCACGCAUCAGUGCGUCCAGCCUCAUGGUGGUAAUAAUGGCACAGAGCUUUUUGUCCUCGAUGCCGUGGCUCCUAACGAGAUGAUCGCUGGACGCAGUGAGAAAUUGCUGCAAUACAUUGCCAGCUACUAUGUAUGGUUAAAAUUUGCGACGUCCAAUAUUAUGCAGAUGAAUGUCCUCAGCAACAAGCUCCCGUUCCGGCGGGCCCUUCGGUGGUUGGUGCGGGAGCACAGCCGCAAGCUAACAAACCGGACCAAACAGGUGACGGAUCACCUGGACACAUUGGGGCGGAUGGAGAGGUGGAGAUCCGUAUUGUUGCCACUGAAGAAGGAACGGUUGGCGACGGAGGUGCAGGUGACGGAUCACCUGGACACAUUGGGGCGGAUGGAGAGGUGGAGAUCCGUAUUGUUGCCACUGAAGAAGGAACGGUUGGCGACGGAGGUGCAGGUGACGGACCACCUGGACACAUUGGGGCGGAUGGAGAGGUGGAGAUCCGUAUUGUUGCCACUGAAGAAGGAACGGUUGGCGACGGAGGUGCAGUCAACCACCUUGGACAUGGUGAAGCAGUGGGCGACAGAUGUGGGCGGUGGAGAUUGCAACAGCCAUGAUGACAGCAAAGGCCACCUCAAAGCGCAGCCGUUCUGGACCUGAUGUCGUCUUGACUGAAGCGGAUCAUGGAAACAAAGGCGAAGGGGAAGGGGGGCAAGAAACGACGGUGGUAAUGGAUGCACGUUUAUUUUGGGGUGGAUGCACAUGCAAUGUGAUGGACAGCUGCAUUGUCUUCUUUUGUGGAGGUGCCUUUUCUUAGGGCUGAAGGCAUGUUCUUAUCACAUGGUGGACAGGGUCUUGAGACGGCUUGGCUUAUAAGCAAAUCCGUAUCAAGACGCUGUUCAUCAUGUGAUAAGAACACGCCUUCCUAGUUAGGAUUGGAGGCGUGUCCAUAUGGCGCGAUGGACAUUAUUAAAAAGCUUAAUUUUGGACUGAUAGGGGCAUUCAUAUCACGUGAUGUACAACUUUCAUUUUAUGGAGACGGCUUCUUUUUGGACUGAAAGGGGCCUUCAUAUCACGUGAUGGACAUGGGCUCGUUUUAUGGAGACGGCUUCUUUUUGGACUGAAAGGGGCCUUCAUAUCACGUGAUGGACAUGGGCUCGUUUUAUGGAGACCACCUUCAUUUUGGACAGAAGGGGUAUUCAAAGCGUAAGGGACGUUCAUUCUGAGCUACCUUCAUUAUGUAAUGAAGUGGUCCUC